AUGAACUACAACGAGAAGAAAGACCCCAAACUGCAAAUGAUGCCCAGCACAGCCAGUGGCCAAGCAAAACGAAAGGAGCUGGAAGCGCGGGGAAACUGGGGGAGUAAAGCCGAGUAUAUUUUAACGGUGAUGGGAGCUAUAAUUGGACCUGGAAACGUGUGGAGAUUCCCUUACUUGUGUUACAAAAACGGAGGGGGUGUGUUCUUCAUUCCAUAUGUUUUGUUCUUGGUGACGUGCGGGAUCCCGCUAUUCUUCCUGGAGACUUCUCUGGGACAAUACACCAGCCAGGGAGGAAUAACAUGCUGGAGGAAGAUGUGUCCGCUAUUUGAGGGUAUGGGCUACGCCUGUAACCUUGUCAUCUCAUUCAGUGCCAUCUCCUACAUUGUGAUCUUGGCAUGGGCCUUUUUCUAUCUCUUCUCCUCCUUCAGUGCAGAGCUACCCUGGGCAAGCUGUGGAAACUGGUGGAACACUGACUCAUGCAUGGACGACAGCAAGCAGAAUCGCAGCACCAACCUGACAUCAAGACAGAAUACCACACUACCAGUCAUGGAGUUUUGGGAGCGCAGGGUGCUGAACAUUUCCGGGGGGAUCGAGGAGAUGGGCAACAUCAGAUGGGAGCUGGCGCUGUGUCUCCUUUUCACCUGGGUCAUCUGUUACUUCUGUGUCUGGAAGGGUAUGAAGUCCACAGGCAAGGCUGCUUACUUUACGGCCACAUUCCCAUAUGCCAUGCUCCUGGUCCUGCUGGUCCGUGGUGUCACUCUGCCUGGAGCCAUAGACGGCAUCAUCUUUUACAUUUACCCUGACAUCUCCCGCCUCACAGACCCACAGGUGUGGAUGGAUGCAGGCACACAGAUUUUCUUCUCCUAUGCUAUCAGCUUGGGCUUUCUCACAUCCCUGGGCAGCUACAACAGUUACAACAACGACUGCUACAAGGACUGUUUUUACCUGUGUCUUCUAAACAGUGGCACCAGCAUCGUGUCAGGCUUCGCAAUCUUCUCUGUUUUGGGCUUCAUGACCUAUGAACAGGGGGUGUCCAUUGAAGAGGUGGCUGAGUCAGGUCCUGGGCUGGCAUUUAUUGUGUACCCUCGAGCAGUAGCCAUGAUGCCCAUGUCUCAGAUCUGGUCUGCCUGUUUCUUCAUCAUGAUCAUCCUUCUGGGUCUGGAUAGCCAGUUUGUUGGGCUGGAGUGUUUGAUGACAUCUGUUGUGGAUCUGUUCCCUACGUAUCUGCGUCAUGAGUUCAGGAGAGAGCUGCUGUUGCUGGCUAUCUGCACAAUAGGCUUCAUACUGGGGCUUGCCCUGGUCACAGAGGGAGGAAUGUACCUGCUUCAGCUGCUAGACCACCAUGUGUGCAGUGGGACCACCCUGCUACUGCUGGCCAUUUGUCAAUCUGUCUGCAUCGCCUGGGUCUAUGGUGCUGAACGUUUCUAUGGUAACAUCAGUGAUAUGAUUGGCUACAGACCUCUGCCUUUGAUGAAGUACUGCUGGCUCUACAUCACUCCUACAGUGUGCACAGCUACCUUCAUCUUCUCCAUAGUCAAAUACUCACCAUUGAAGUUCAGCAACACAUAUGUUUAUCCUGUCUGGGCUAACACCAUUGGCUGGUUCAUUGCCACUAUCUCCCUCUCCUUCAUCCCGCUAUGGAUGGUCUACAAAAUGGCCAACAGCAAUGGAACCCUACGCCAGCGAUUCUCUGUGCUCUGUCGGCCUGUAGACGACCUCCCCGUGAACCACACAUGCAGAACAGAUGGCCCUCUUCAUCUGGCGACCUCUGACGUCGUGAGCUCCAACAUGGAGCUGAAGCCUCUCUCCUUCACAGCGGGAGAUAAGGACACACUGUGAACUCUCACAGAGAGAUGUAAAUCUUGAGUCCAUUGGCGGUGCCAAUGUAUAAUGUAUUGCACAUGCAAAAAAAUACACGUUUGUUUGUGCUUAGUCUUUACAUCGGCAGUGGCGCCAUCCAGAAACAGCCACCCACUUGACCCACACAUGCAUUGUUGGAUUUUAGUUUGACAUUUGUCUAUACAGAGUGAUGUGGAGAACACAGACUCAGAGUCAUGUAUAGCAUCUCUGAAUGCAGCCUUUACCUGCACUGCAAUGCAUCAAUGGGACAUUGUGCUCCUUUUGUAACCUGGUUCCAAAUCUGUUAGUGCUCUUGUUAACUCCAUUGCUGUCAUUUUCAUGCCAAAAAUUCCAUUAGGCAUGAGAGCAGAAACAGACUGGCACACAGGCAACCCAUUCUUUUUGAACAAAUUAAGCAAGGCAACUAUAGAUGUGUGUGGGAAAUGAUGGUUUGAAAAACUGAAAAUCUGAAUUGACCUCAUAUAUAUCUCAGUGGAUUAGAUUAUAUGAAAAAACAUUAUCUGGGUUUACUCAGCACAUAUGAGAUCGGAAAACUGAAAUAUCAGGCUUUAUAGUAGCAUUUCCUCUUCAUUUAGUUUUGACCUCUUCUAUUUUCUCUUUGUUUAUCUGUGUGCACACAAGUGCAUGUCAAUGCGUGGGUGAUUGCCUGUGCAUGUGUAUAUGUUUGUGUGUAUGUGCUGCAGAUUAAAUGGAUGCUAAAAUUUAAAUAUUCUGUAGUAUGUACAGUGGGGCAAAAAAGUAUUUAGUCAGACCUGCACCAGGCUGGGAACAAAUGCUUGUCUAGCUUUGGCUGUAAAGCAUAUUUUGAAAAUCUGAGAUGACAGGGUGAUUAACAAAAGGCUAAGCUGUGUCUCAAUAUAUUUCAUUUGUGAUUUUCAUGAAUAGGAAUAUUUUCUAGGGAUAUUUAUGUCCGUUGCGUUAUGCUAAUUAUUGUCAGGCGAUGAUUACGCUCCCGGAUCCGGGAUGGGGAAUAUCAAGAGGUUUUAAAGAAGAAGUUACAGGUCUGUGAGAGCCAGAAAUCUUGCUUGUUUGUAGGUGACCAAAUACUUAUUUUCCACCAUAAUUUGCAAAUAAAUUCAUUAAAAAUCCUACAAUGUGAUUUUCUGGAUUUUCUUUCUCAUUUUGUCUGUCAUAGUUGAAGUGUACCUAUGAUGAAAAUUACAGGCCUCUCUCAUCUUUUUAAGUGGGAGAACUAAAUACCUUUUUGCCCCACUGUAUAGAGGAAUAGUGAUUCGUGGUCCAAAUAUUUUAUUACUCUGUCUUCUACAAUGUAUUUGUAUUUUAAAUGUAUAACGCGGAUCAAUGUUUGUCAAAUCAAUCAUGUAAACUACUCUAUGGACUACCCGCUAACAAUAUAAUGCUCGACGAUUACUGUAUAAAACAAAAUGCCACUCAAAUCAAAUGUCAGCUUAGUAUUGUUGACAUCUUGUCCUGCUUCACUGCACAAACACUUGAAAGGUGCUUUUGUGUGAUUCAGUGCGUCCCUCCCCCAGAUGGCCCAGCUGAGGCCAAGGAGAGUAACAAUGGGGAAAUGUGCAGGAAUGUGUAGGUAAACUGAGGGGAGAAUCCAUCCUGGCUCCAGUCUCAGUCCAUCUGGGACAAAGAGCAUCUUCUCCUGAACUCCUGUCCGUGGGCCCGCACCCAUUUAUUGGCAACUAAAACCAGGGAAGAAAUAAGAGUCUAGUUCUGUGCAUUUCAUUUUUUGUAAUCUCUCAUUUACCCAUUAUAUUAUCUAAUUAUCUUAUCACUUUAUACCAUUUCCCUUUAUUAUGUACUGGUCAGCUGAUAGGUUGUUUUCCCAUCUGACUGUAAUGCUGUUAACAGAUGUUAUGGCUCAAGUUCUCUCUGUACCCUUCUGCUUUAAAGUACCAUCAAUGUACUCUACUUGUAUAUGAAUACUUUUGUUUUGGAUAUUAUAUCUCAAUGUCAAUUAUUGAUUCUGUUGUUAUUAUAUGGAUUAUUAGGUCUUCAUUUCAAUAAAAUUGUUAUAAAAA